AUGGACACCGACGGCGUCGUCAGCCCCGGAGGCGAGCCGAGCCGACGGGAGGAGGGCCGUAUCGACGACGAUGAGGGUAUCGUGUCACAGCUCUCUAUUGACCUCAUUGCGAAGAAGCUGGAGGAUUUCGGCCAGGUGCUGGGCCAGAUGGAGAGUAGACCCCAAACAUCCACCCGCCCCAGUCCCAACAGCACCUGGACGCCGUCUUCUUCCCUCAAGCCGUCGCCAGAAACACAAUCGGCCGCCGAAAAGGUCUCGCCACAGGCGGGGAAAAGCAAGAUCGUGACCCCCAAAGUCGAGUACGAGGGAGAGACGUCCCUGUUGGCCCAGGCCGCGUUCGCGAACAAGUUCCUCCACGAGGUGGUGAGCAACCGGCAUUCGACAGACAUCACCGGGGAGAUGGUCUCCGUCCUGGGAACCCUGGGCCGAGCCCUCGGCAGACAGAAAGACCAGAACGACACCGAGUAUCUGUACCCAAACGCGCGCACGCUGGAGCCAGGGUCCAGUGUCCGAGACCUGCCCAUGCCCCCGGUCGAGGUGGUCUUUGUAUGCCUCCGAAUGGCGAAAGGUAUGCUAUGA